AUGAAUGUUUCGGAUGGUCGUGAAGGUUUCAGAGAUCGACGCCGUUCACAAAGCGAUGAAUUGACUUGUCUGGAAGGAUCAAGACACUCGCUUGACACAUCGGCUAGCCUCCGAAUUCAUUGUAUAGGCGGCAUGAGGUCACUAGGACUCAUCUUAAGCAGAAUUGUAUCCUGGUCUAUUUAUGAAAGAGAAAAAACCUCGCGAAUUUCAUGCAAUGUAAUAAGGUAUGGCACUGCCCGUUUUCCUAAUAUGCAAUGA